AUGGAGGUAGCAGAAGAUGUGAAGACAUUGCCGGACUAUUUAGAAGAGGCUGAAAGGACCUACCAGAGACGGAAACUGAAGUACCAAAGCUUCUUCCUUAAAGGUGGGAAGUCUGCUGGUAGCUGGGAUGCUUUUGGGAGGAAUCUCUACUACAUUUCAAAAGGAAAAAAGAGCUGGUAUGAUGCUGAGGAUUUCUGCCAGUCCAGAGAUGCCCACUUAGCCUCCAUCCUGACUGAUGAAGAACAGAACUUUGUCACUUCUCUGCUCGGUGACCCCACUUGGAUUGGCCUUACAGAUGAAACGGAGGAAGGCAAAUGGAAAUGGACAGAUGGCUCCCAAUUUGAAAAACAGUAUUGGUCUGACAAACAGACGGCCUACAGACGGCACAACAGAGAAACAGAGCAGGACUGUGUUUCCAUCGUGCCUGCAAGUAACAAAUAUAACUGGAACGAUGCCUACUGUCAUGAACAGCACAGAUGGGUUUGUAAGGAAAACCUGGAUAUUGAAAAACUGUAAG